CUAAUCAAUUUGCUAGGUAAAAAAGCCGUCAUGAUUGGUACGAUUUUGGCAUUCUUCUCUUUGUUCUCGUACGCAAUGGCAGCAAAUAAGGAGCGCACUUUCAUCAUGGUGAAACCCGAUGGAGUCCAACGUGGACUCGUCGGCAAGAUCAUCGAGCGCUUUGAGCAGAAGGGCUUCAAAUUGGUGGCCAUGAAAUUCACAUGGGCAUCAAAGGAUCUUUUGGAGAAGCACUAUGCCGAUUUGUCUGCUCGUCCCUUCUUCCCCGGUUUGGUCAACUACAUGAGCUCUGGCCCAGUGGUUCCCAUGGUUUGGGAGGGUUUGAAUGUUGUGAAGACUGGUCGUCAAAUGUUGGGAGCUACUAACCCAGCUGACUCCUUGCCUGGUACCAUCCGCGGUGAUUUCUGUAUUCAAGUCGGUCGUAAUAUUAUCCACGGCUCGGACGCUGUUGAAUCGGCAAAUAAGGAAAUCGCUCUUUGGUUCAAUGAGAAGGAGCUGGUUUCAUGGCAGCCAGCUGCUGAAGGUUGGGUAUAUGAAUAAUUUCCAACUCAAUGGUCAGCAUGACCAUUCGCUCAUACGUUAAAAGUUAAGAAAAAAGUUCUCUGUUGCAACUGAAUUCCAAUAAAAGUGAUUUACAUAAUUUAA